CGGUGAACAGUGCUGGUGAACAGUGACCCGACGUGAACAGUAACUCCACUUCCACAAAUUGGCCAAAACACUAGCUAAUCUCACGGGAUUUUCUCCAAAAAUCACAACAACUAAUCAAGCUAAUUUACACUUAAACCAAGCUUAAAAACAUAGCUUAAGCUAUCAAAAUUCAUCCCCAAUUUCUGCAAACUUUCGGACAUCACAAGGGCAACCAAUCCAUGGACAAAAUUCAACAAUUAAAGGGGUGAAUUAGGACUUAGAGAAGUUGCCACAUACCAUAAAUCCAGCAAGCAAAACUGGAGUGCAGAUUGGGGAAGGCCGAUGGGAUCUGCAGGGGGAAGCUCACGGAACUACCCAAAAUUAAAGGAAAUAAGAGCAAUCAAAGUUAACCCAAGCCAAUUCAAGUAAGAACAAAGGAAUUAGGGGCUGUUCUUACCAAAAAAAAUGCCUAGAAAUCACCCACAAUCAAGAGCAGCCGACGGAAGGACAAAGCAGAGCAGGGCAGAUCCGACUUUUCCAGCAGGGGGGAAAUUUCUGGGUUCUAGACAAGAGGAAGAAGGAUUUGACCCUACAAUACCUCAUGUUGAGAUAUUACUUAGGGCAACUGGUGGGGUCAAGAAAGGAUGGCUGAAAGGUUUGGAUAUACACACACAUCCACAAGAUAUAGGUGUGAGCACAUCUAGACGAGAACCAUUCAGGCCACCCAUUAUCGGACAGUCUAAUAGGGUUAUCGAAUUAGAGCAGACUGUUGAAUCAUUGAAGGCAGAUAAUCAAAACCUUCGACAACAAGUGUUUAAUGUUUUGGCAGAUAAUGAUAGCCUAUGGCAGCAACAAUCGACCCUUGCGACACAGAUGCAGCAACUCUACCAGUAUUUAGGGAUGACCCCAACGGAUACCAAUGGGACAGUCACCCUUAGGACACCCCGAGAUAUUUAGGUUUUUCAUAUUUCAAUUAAAUAUUUGUACUGACU